AUGUUGCUAUUAUCAUCUAGGCUCACGGCUUUCAGUCCUGCUCAUUUGCACUUCCAGGGAUUACUUGGUUCGCAAGGCGCGAACUCCAUUCGGCAUCUAUCAGUUAACUCAGCUAUCACAGCCGGUAUUAGAAAAGGCCGCGGAUUUGGAGCGCCCAAGCAGAAUGAUGGGCCGUGGGUCCGACGUGGCCGAAUAUCAUCGCCGCCUCGAAAUUCAGAGAAAGCGAGCCAGGGAUACACGUUAAAUAAGCACGGUGACAACAGCUAUGGCCCAGGAGCAAGCAGAACAUCGAACUGGAGGAGGUACGGAGAGUUUGACCCUUCAAAGAUGGACGAUAUGACGCCUGGUCGCGCAAAUCGACUUUCUAGAGAGAGAAAUCCUUUACAAUCUCAAAAUCAGUACCAAGAAUCACCGGACAGCAGCACCCCCAGAAGAACUCCCACGGAUUCCCCACGACGAUACCAGGCAACAAAACAUGGGUGGGGGGAGAGAAGGAAGCCACCGACCUUUGUCGAUAAUGUGGGAGUGAGGAAGCUUGAGGCUAGCAGUGUGCUGAGCGCCAGACAGCAAAUGGGCGGAUAUGCAAAAUCCGAAGACGAAGUGAUGGAUAUACACCACCCUUUGUCUAGCAAAGUCUAUAUUGUACCGCCUCAACAGAUACCAUAUUCCUCUCCAGUAUCAGAGUUCAUUUAUGGGACGUCUGCAGUUAAUGCUGCAGUAAGAUGCGGCCGCCGAAAAUUGCACACUUUAUAUCUGUUUGAGGAAUCAUCCCGGGAUCGCUUGGGGGAGCCAAAAUGGGAACAGCCUGAAAUACGCUCUAUUGCUAAGUAUGCAAGCUUAGCUGGUGCGCAGGUUAAGCAUGUCACCGGGCCUUGGAAAACUACAUUGGACAAGAUGACUGGCAAACGGCCCCAUAACGGCAUGGUCUUGGAAGCAUCACCACUUCCAAAACCUCCAGUUUUGGGCUUCCAAACGGUAGUUUCCAAGUCGAACUCACAUUUCCUGGCGCAAUUAGCUCCCCAGCCCGAAGAACAAGCUGCUGUCAACGGCACAGACGGCCACAUCCAAUUCGAUUCUCGCAGGAAAGACAGCAAAGCAUCCCGUUUUCCAUUCACUCUACUACUCGAUGGGAUCCUUGACCCAGGAAACCUUGGAGCCAUCUUUCGAAGUGCCUACUGGUUUGGCGCAGAUGCAAUUGUUUUCUCCUCUCAGAAUUCAGCACCUAUAUCUCCUGUUGUAAUGAAAGCUGCAGCUGGUGCAACCGAGGCCAUCCCUAUUCUUUCAGUUCGUGAUGUGAGCACUUUCAUGACUGCAUCUCAGACGAAUGGCUGGAAAUUUUUUGCCGCAGAUGCCCCCGAUGCAACGCUGGCUAAUGAUUAUACCCGAAAAAUCCCCGUCACGAAGAGCUUAGACAGUCUAUCGUCCGAACUCACGAAGGCGCCUUGUGUCUUGAUGUUAGGGGGUGAGGGUUCGGGCCUGCAGCAGAAGAUAAAGAAUAGAGCUGACAUGUUUGUUACUAUCCCUGGGGCCUAUUCAGAUAACAUUCGCGAUGAUACUGCUGGUGUUUCAAGCUUGAAUGUGAGCGUGGCCUCUGCGUUAUUAUGCGAAGCUUUUCUCUCCCGUAGACCAGCUUCUAGUGUUGUCGAGACACAUAAUGCAUCAGAUACCCCUGCUGAAAAUACGAACCGUGUCUUCUAG